CUUCAGUACAGUUUAGUUUAGUAUAGUUAAUCGCGCUCUCGACGACGCUCCUAUUUAUUAUUUAAUUUAUUUAUUUUAAUUUAAGUUUAAUUGGCUAAGAUGUUGAAAAUCGCUGUUGUUUUUUGUUUGGGUACAGCGACCCUGACCAACUGCCAGGUGCCAAUCGACUUCGCCUACUACCACGAUCUCCAUUUACCCCACUCCCCCCCUCUCCACCCCACGUUAGCCCGGGAAGCUGUCCACACUGUCUUUAGCUGUUAUGGCCGAGCAAGAGGCUAUUACGCAGAUUUAGACACUGGUUGUCAGGCGUAUCACUUCUGCUGGCACCAGCGUCUAGUGGCGACAGACCUUUGUGCCAAUGGGACUCUGUUCAACGAACAAUUCCAGGUCUGUGAUCAUUUCUACAACGUGAGAUGCGGGUCACCUUUUGAAGAUUUAUAAAAAAUAUGCUAACAAUAAAACAAAUUAAGAAGAA